AUGGAUCUCCGUUCUGAUUUAAAAGCUACCGAAUGUGUGGUGAUGUCGGUAUCAGCAUGUAUCGACAAGCUCUUGGAUCUUCUGGAGCUUAUUCCUGCAGUCGUUGAUAGCUGUGAAAAUAACAAUAUUCCAAAUGAUGAUGUGAAGCAAAUCGAAAGUACGUUCAUGGAAAUCCUCCAACUGUUGGGAGAACUAAGCAGAAGGUGUCGAAGCAUAGAAUCCGUGAUCUUCUUUUUGAAAAAAGUUGCCUUCACUAGUAGUAAGAUCCCGAACCAGCUAGAACUUACCAAUAGACUUCCUUCUCCAGCAAAGAGAAUCCAUGAUGAAUCUUGCGAUGACAACGACGUCGAAGGUUGCACAGAGCGUCCAGGAGACUCCUCCAUUGAGGGUAUUGAAAAUGUCAAAGAUGAUGCACCGGCGACGAUAAGUGCUGAGGUUCUAUCCUUUGAGAUACCACAACGUGGAAGGCGUCGUGCACGUUCAGCUACAAGAAUUAUCAAGAAAGUGGUUCGUCGUUUUUCCCUUUCGAGAAGUCGCCGUCCACGAUCUCAGGACUAUGGAGAGCAUUUUGACGGUGACGUAACGCUUUCAUUGGGGAAGUGA